CUGAGACGGUGGAAAGAGAACCUGGCCUAGUCAGAAAGGUGUGUUUUUGUGUAGAGUUGAAUACUAUUGUGUAUCACAUACAUUAUUUACAGGAUACGAAAGCUAUAUGUUACAUUUGUGUAUUACAUACAACAUCCACAGGACGGGUAGGUUAUAUGCUACAUUUUUUUAUUACAUACAACAUCUAUAGGACGGGUAGGCUAUAGGCUACAUUUUUGUAUCGCAUACAACAACUACAUGACGGGUAGGUUAUAUGCUACUUUUGUAUCACAUACAACAACUACAUGACGGGUAGGUUAUAUGCUACUUUUGUAUCACAUACAACAACUACAUGACGGGUAGGUUAUAUGCUACUUUUGUAUCACAUACAACAACUACAUGACGGGUAGGUUAAAUAAUACAUUUUUGUAUCACAUACAACAUCUAAAGGACAGGUAGGUUAUAUGCUACAUUUUUGUAUCACAUACAAUAUCUACAUGACGGUUAGGUUAUAUGCUACAUUUUUGUAUUACAUACAACAUCUAUCGGACGGGUAGGUUUUAUGUUACAUUUUUGUAUCACAUAAAACGUCUAUAGGACGGGUAGGUUAUAUGUUACAUUUAUGUAUGACAUACACCAUCUAUGGAACGGGAAGGUUAUAAGUCAUUUAUGUGAAUCACAUACAACAUCUAAGGGCUGGUAUGUUUUAUGCUCCAUUAGUCUGUCACAUACAUCAACAAGACUUGUAGGUUAUAUAUUUUAUUAUAAUACACCAUCUCAUAUUUUAACAUCUAACUUCACAUCAUACACAACAUCAUACACCACAUCAUGCAUCACAUCAUGCACCACAUCACACAACAUCAUAUACCACAUCAUAUACAACAUCAUGGAAAACACCAUCCACCACAUCAAACACAACAAAAUAUACCAGACCAAACACCACAUCAUACACAACAUCAUUCACCACAUCAAACGCAAAAUUUUAUACCACAUCAUACACUAAUGCAUCAAUUCAAAAAUAUAAGAGAUUUUUCAAGUUUAAAUAACAAUUUCUCCUGUGUUGUAAGGCUAAUCUGUUCAUUUAAAAAUACAUUUUGAAAAUAAAAAAAAACAACCCGUAAAGCACCUCAAUACAGAAAGCUGAAUAAAAUCUUUUAUAAACUGUGUCAGAGUAAAAAAAAAAAAAAUUAAAAAAUUCUGUGCAUGGUUACGGAUCGGGAAUUUCCCCAGGAAAAUCUGACAGCUGUUUUCCAGGAAAAGCGUGGUACGUUUGAGCUCAACCUGGAAAGUUGCUGCGACGAGCCUAGGUUGUCUGUCAAGGUGGGGACUUGCGGGCCUCGUCGUGUCACAGUUUGCCAGCAGGCGUAACUGACAUUCAAAACAUUUUUUUUUUCCUUCUUAUUUCCACCAGUGCAAGUGGUGUGCUCGGUACCGACGUGAUGUGACUACGUAAGUAGAGUUUGUGUGACUGUAGCAUGCGAUGAUUGUAUAGUCUUUAAGUUUUGAUUUGUAACGACACCACGACAGAUGUUACGAUAGUGAUUACAAACUAUAAAACUAAUCGAUAUUAUAAGGUUGUAACAUGGUUACACCGCGUUUCAAGUAACGACUUAGCCGGCUGGGUACUUAGGAUGUGAUAGAUCAGCUCAGGGCUCCUCAAACUUGGUAAUCAAUGAGGAGGUAGGGGGGGGGCGCAGCUCGUUAUCCCUCAUAUCGGACUAUAGUUUCAAAAUAUAUGAAUGAAUUCCUAUUCACGUUGCUUAUACAUUAUUUUAGUAGGGAAGGGAGAGGGAAAAUAGGAAAACUAACAAGCUACAAUGUUACGGGAGCCUUAUGUUGCCAUGGGAGCCUUAUGUUGCCUUAUGGAAACCUUAUGUUGCUUUAUGGGAACCUUAUUUUGCCUAAUGGAGACCUUAUGUUGCCUUAUGUGAGCCUUAUUGUGCCUUAUGAGAGCUUUAUGUUGCCUUAUGGGAGCCUUAUGUUGCCUUAUUGGAGCCUACUGUUGUACACAUAUAAAAAAGGAGGGCUAAGAAACUGCAAACAUAAGUCCAAUGUUGUUUUUUCCAACCCAUUUUUGUUUCAAAAUGCACGCUUUUCUAAUGACUUUUCUCAAAAUUUGUUUGAAAUUCCCUUUCGAGAAUAAUUACAUCGUCGAGGAUUAAAUAUUGUAAGGAAACCUUGCUUACUCUCUGAUAAACUUCAUCUAGAUCUGGUACUCAAUAAGGAAACAACUCAGGCGAUAACAAUUGAUGAUUAUAGUCUUGUUCUUUAUUAGGCUGAUACUUCGCUUAUACUUUCUCUCAUCUCGCAACUCUGACUGCCCUCUUCUCUCAUACCGUCCGAGUUCUCCCUGCUAUCUGCUUCUCUGUCCGGCCCCUUCUCUUUUUCGUCCCGUCCAGAGAUCCCUAUGUAUACCUCCCUGUCCCAUAGUUCCUCUCCCAGUCCAGAUUAUACCCCGCCCCUUUUUCUCAAUUGGCGCCAAGUUACAAACAGACCCCAGGGAAAUGCCCUGGUCAGAUGGAUGGCCGGUACCGCCCCCAGCGCUUGAUCCUUCGGUCGUGUCUGGGUGGUCAGACGGCCGUAAUCCCUGGUCAGGCGCCCCAGCGCUUGAUCCUUCGGUCGUGUCUGCGUGGUCAGACGGCCGUAAUCCCUGGUCAGGCGCCGUCGUGGUCCGAACUCUCCACAAUAUUUAUACAAAAAUAACAGAGUCCCGGUGAUUGAGUUGAUGCUUCAGAAAUAUUUGACCACAACAUUUUAAAUCAUAUAAUUUUGUUAAAAAUUAAAUAAAUAUUCGGUUUCAAAUCAUGAAACUUUUAUUCCUCCCCCCACCCCCGAAAUUGUCAAUAACAUAAAUCUAGAAUUUAAAAAAAAUACAUUUUGGUCUUAUUUACAAACACAUUUAAGUUAUGGCCCUGGGGUGGGGUAAUAUGAUAUAUUUUUUUAAAUGUUAAGACAAAAAGAAGUUAGCACUGUUUUCAAGUUUUCUAAUAAAAACUGACUGAUUCCUGACUAUCAUACAGCCCAAAAUACAUAAUUGGUACGCUGUCCGAAAACUCUUUCAUUUCUAAGUCAUUAGUUAUUAUUUAAGACACUGUGACUACAAGAUAUAAAAUAAUCCUUAUAUUCAAUAAAACGUUUAAAGUUUGUCCUUAAAAACAAAAUCAUAUCUCGACAACCGAAAUCUUCCUAAUGAAUGAAUGCUACAAUGUACCCAUAACUUGUCUGAUAUGACCAGAAAUUCUUCCUAGCAAGACGUCGUAUUUCGACUGAGGAAGACUGUCUAAUCAGACUCUCCUUCCUAUUACAGAACCCCAAAUCCUCUCACAUCCCCUCACAGUACCUCACAUUCCCUCACAGUACCACACACCACCUAACAGCAACCCACAUCCCUUCACAGUACCCCACAUCAACUCACAGUAUACCAAAUCCUCUCACAUCUUCUCACAGUACCUCACAUCCACUUACAGUACUCCACAUCCCCUCACAGUACCUCACAUCUCCUAACAGUACCCUAUAUCCCCUCACAGUACCCUACAUGCCCUCACAGUACCUAAUAUCCACUCACAGUACCCACAUCCCCUAACAGAACCCCACAACCCCUCACAGUACCUCACAUCCCCUAACAGUACCUCACAUCCCCUUACAGUACAUCACAUCCCCGCACAGUACACCACAUUCCCUUACAGUACACCAAUUCCUUAAUAGUACAACACAUUCCAUUAUAGUACACCACAAUCCCUUACAGUAUAUCCCAUUCCCUUACAUUACAGAACAUUCCCUUACAGUACACCACAUCCCCUUACAGUAUAUCACAUUCCCUUACCGUACAUCACAUUCCCUUACAAUACACCACAUUGCCCGACAGUACUCCACAUCCAUUUGCAGUACAUCACAUUCCCUUACAGUACACUACAUUCCCUUACAGUACAUCACAUAGCCUCACAGUACAACAGAUCCCCUUACAGUAAAUCACAUUCCCUUACAGUACAUCCAUUCCCUUACAGUACACCACAUCUCCUUAGAUUAUAUCACAUUCACUUACAGUACAUCACAUCCCCUUACAGUACACCACAUCGCUUCACAGUACACCACAUCCCCUUGCAGUACAUCACAUUCCCUUACAGUACAUCACAUUCUCUUACAAUACAUCACAUUCCCUUACAGUACACCACAUCCCCUUAGAUAACAUCACAUUCACUUACAGUACAUCACAUCGCUUCACAGUACACCACAUUUCCUUACAGUACAUCACAUUCCCUUACAGUAUAUCACAUUCUCUUACAGUACAUCACAUUCCCUUAAAGUACACCACAUCGCUUCACAGUACACCACACCCCCUUACAGCACAUAAGAUUCCUUAUAGUGCAUAACAUUCCCUUACAGUACACCCCAAUCCCUUACAGUAUAUCCAUUUCCCUUACAGUACAUCACAUUCCCUUACAGUACACCACAUUGCCUCACAGUACUCCACAUCCCAUUACAGUACAUCACAUUCCCUUACGACCCAUCACAUCCCCUCACAGUACCCCACAUACCUUCACAGUACCCCACAUCUUCUCACAGUACCCCACAUCCCUUCACAGUACACACAUCCCCACACAGUACAUAACUUCCAGUAACAGUACCCCACAUCCCCUCACAGUACCCCACAUCCCCUCACAGUACCUCACAUCCACUAACAGUACCCCACACCCCCUCACAGUACCUCCCAUCCAAUAACAAUACCCCACAUCCCCUGUACCUCACAUCCACUCACAGUACCCCACAUCCCCUCACAGUACCUCGCAUCCCAUAACAGUACCCCACAUCCCCUCACAGUGCAUCACAUCCAAUAACAGUACCCCACAUCCCCUCACAGUACCUCGCAUCCAAUAACAGUACCCCACAUAACCUCACAAUACCCCAAAUCAACUCACAGUACAUCACUUCCAAUAAUAGUACCCCCACAUCCCCUCACAGUACCCCACAUCCACUCACAGUACCAGCUUCCCCUCACAGUACCCACUUCCCCUCACAGUACCCCACAUCCCCUCACAACACCCACAUCCCCUCACAGUACCCACUUGCCCUCACAGUACAUCAAAUGCCCUUACAGUAUCCCAUAUCCCCUCAAAGUACCUCACAUGCCCCAAAAGUACCUCUUGUCCUAUCUUAGCACCACACAUCCCCUCACAAUACCACAUAUUACCACACAAACCUAUACAUUUCUUUACAUUAAUGCCAUUUCAUUUCUACUUUUAGCAUCCACUUAUGUACUUCCGCAGCCACUUACUGGGGCCGCGAACCGACAUUUGAGAAUCAGUAGUUAAAAGGGGAAUCAACGUGAUUAAGAUUAAAUUAGUAGUGUUUUUCAUUGGGAAUUAGACUCUUGUAUUUGCGAUAAAUAGAGGGUCAGUCCUCUCUGUCCAUAUUGCAUAUUAGCCACUGCCACCCGUGUACCCGUAAAGCAACCAGGCGGUGGGAUUAAGGGAUGCUGGCUGGCCGUUGUGGCAUGUGGGACGUAUUUUGAGGACCCCUGAAUUAGAUUACAAAUGAUUUUUAGCAAAGAAUCAAAAGAUGCACAGUUAAACCAAAUGACAGUAAAAACUGCGAACUGAAAAAAAAAAAAAAAAAAAUUAAUAACUGCCCAUGUCAAUUUUUUCCCAUCUUUUUUUAGACCAGUGGUUCUCAACCUAUGUGUCAUGACGCCUGUGAUGGGCAAGCGAACCUUACACAGGGGUUGCCUAAUUACCACCGGAAAGCAAAUUUUCAUGACAUAGCAAUGAAAAUAAUUUUAAGCUUGGGGUCACCACAACAUGAGGAACUGUAUUAAUGGAUGGCGGCAUAGGGGACGUUGAGAACCACUGUUUUUGACGCAUGUUUAGCAAAUUACGUUCGUUUAAAGUAUUCGUGACUUAAUCUAGUAUGUGAGACAUAUUUUGAUCUCAUAACGACUUUAAGGAACAAUUAUCAAAUAACAAAAGAAGAGACUCAUCACGUUAUGUUUCCAGGUUAUAAUUAAAAUAUUUUUUUUUCCUUUCCAUUAACUAUUUUUUUAAAGAAACCCUAUACAUUUAUGUUUCUUUGGAAUGUUAUCUAAUAUUACUAUAUACAUAAUAUAUGCCGUAUAUAUGUUACAUAACAUUCCAUAGAAAUAUUAUUAUUUUUGGAUGGAAUGUAUAAUAACAUUUCUCUUGAAUAUUGUUAUAUUUCAAUGGAUUUUUUGGGUAUAUUUCUAUGGAAGAUUAUGUUGUAUUUCAAUUGGACACUAUGUUAUAUUGCUACUGAUUAUUAUGUUAUAUUUCUAGUUACAGCCUAAGAACAAUGCCGGGCGCUAAAACUUUAUUGUUCGUGGGACGAACGCGAAAUGGCAAAAGUUCAACCGCAAACUCUCUUAUUGGGGAAAAAUUCUUUACCACAAAAAAAGAUGACGCUAGUGUAAAGGAAAAGACUGUGGUGAUUGAAGGUUCAAAGGUCACAGUGGUAGAUGGAACUGAUAUUGGAGACACUGGAUCUGACAUGAAUGGAUAUCUACAAGACAUAGUACAAAAAGCUGAGACUGCCGUCCAACUCUGUGAGUCUGGUUUCAAUGCUCUCAUCUUUGUUAUGACUUACGGUACAAGGUUCACCAAACAGGAGAAAGACUCUGUGGAUCUGAUCAAGUCAUUGUUUGGUAGGGACAUCUUCAGACGUUUUGGUAUCAUCGUCAUGACACGUGGUGACCAGUUUGAGAUGGACACAGAGGAUGACCCUAAGACAUUUGACCAGUGGUGCAAGGAACAAACUGGCGAUAUAAAAAUUCUUUUCAAAGAAUGUGACUACAGAAUUGUGAUCUUUAAUAACAGAUCGUCCAACACUGAGACACUAAUUAGACAAAGACAAAAGUUACUGAGUCUUGUUCCUAAUACAAAUAAAUACUCAUUAGAAGACUUUAAUGAGGCUAGCAAUGAUCGCCAGAAACUAUUAAUAAGUCAUUCCUUUUUGGAAGCAGAGAAACAAAACAAAUAUUUUCUUGAAGACACUGACCAACAAAUAAAUCGUAUCAUGUCCACGAAAGAAACCAAGCGACGCCAUGGGAUGUUGACAAAUAUUCAGGCAGAUUUACACAAACAAAUGGAAACAGUUCAAAAAGCCUUUGAAGGAUCACAGUAUUACAAUUUACUAUGGACACCUUUACAGGCAAGGCUUCUCAACGUCAUGACUCAGCUGCGGAUAAUAGACGGUGGUCGGAGUGAAAAUACAGGAUCCGAAAAUGUUAUUAAAAGGCAUAGAGGUGAUAAGACCAACAGCCAACCAUUUCGAAGACUUCCUGUGCCGUUACGGGAAAUCUCCAAAACAAUUCCACCAUCAGGUAAUACAUCUACUACCAUUGACAAUGCAUAUUAUCCUCAAUCUCCCCAAAUGUUACAAUCAGCAAGUGUUCCUGUGAAGCAUACAAUUUUAUUGCUGGUUGGACGAUCGGGAAGUGGUAAAAGUUCAACUGCCAAUUCUAUUAUAGCGAAACAAUUAUUUGGCAAAAACGGAGACGGGUUAAGUUUACAAAACAAUACCGUUAAUAUUGAAGGUUCAAAGGUCACCGUGGUAGAUGGCACAGGUAUUGGCGACUCUGGAUCUGAUAUGAAUGGAGCUAUACAAGACACAAUACAAAAAGCUGAGACUGCCGUCCAACUCUGUGAGUCUGGUUUCAAUGCUCUCAUCUUUGUUAUGGCUUACGGUACAAGGUACACCAAACAGGAGAAAGACGCCGUAGAUCUGAUCAAGUCAUUGUUUGGUAGGGACAUCUUCAGACGUUUUGGUAUCAUCGUCAUGACACGUGGUGACCAGUUUGAGAUGGACACAGAAGAUGACCACAGGACAUUUAACCAGUGGUGCGAGGAACAAACUGGGGAUAUUAGAAUUCUUUUCCAAGAAUGUGACUACAGGAUUGUCAUGUUCAAUAACAGAUCGUCCAAUAUUGAUACACUUAUUAGACAAAGACAAAACUUACUGAGUCUUGUUCCUAAUACAAAUAAAUACUCAUUAGAAAACUUUAAUGAGGCUAGCAAUGAUCGCCAGAAACUAUUAAUAAGUCAUUCCUUUUUGGAAGCAGAGAAACAAAACAAAUAUUUUCUUGAAGACACUGACCAACAAAUAAAUCGUAUCAUGUCCACGAAAGAAACCAAGCGACGCCAUGGGAUGUUGACAAAUAUUCAGGCAGAUUUACACAAACAAAUGGAAACAGUUCAAAAAGCCUUUGAAGGAUCACAGUAUUACAAUUUACUAUGGACACCUUUACAGACAAGGCUUCUAAAAGUUAGAUCUCAGCUCCAGAUAUUAGAAGGUGAUUGGAGUGAAAAUACAAGAGUCGACAAGGAUAAUACACAUUAUGGCCUUCAAUCUACAUCCAUUGAUGGCCCAUAUUAUUCUUACUCACCCCAAACAUUACCACCAGUAAUUCAUCUUGUCAAGGAUACAGUUUUAUUGUUGGUUGGACGAACUGGAAGUGGUAAAAGUUCAACUGCCAACUCUAUCAUAGGGAACAAAUUAUUCGGUGAAAAAGCAGAAUUAAGUGUACUACAGAAAUAUGCCGUUGAUAUUGAAGACUCAAAGGUCACAGUGGUAGAUGGAACAGGUAUUGGUGACACUGGAUCUGAUAUGGAUGGAGAUAUAAAAAACACAAUACAAAAAGCUGAGACUGCCGUCCAACUCUGUGAGUCUGGUUUCAAUGCUCUCAUCUUUGUUAUGACUUACGGCACAAGGUUCACCAAAAAGGAGAAAGACGCUGUGGAUCUGAUCAAGUCAUUGUUUGGUAGGGACAUCUUCAGACGUUUUGGUGUCAUUGUCAUGACACGUGGUGACCAGUUUGAGAUCGACAUGGAAAUUGAUGACAUCCCAUUCGACCAUUGGAUCAAAACGCAGACUGGAGAUUUUAAAAAUCUGUUUGACGAAUGUCAUUAUAAAUGCGUGCUGUUUGAUAACAAGAAAAUAGACAGUGCAAAACUCUCUAAACAACGUAAAUUUCUUUUGUCCCAUAUUUCUAUUUUCAAUAAAUAUACUCUUCAAGACUUUCAAAAGCAAAACAAAGGUCACGAAGACCUUAUCCUUCACACCAAAUUCCAAGAAAAGGAGAAAGAAAUUCAAAAUAUUGUUAGAAAAAUUGAGAAAAUUCUGAAGGAUAUUGAUCAUAAGGGCGGCAGAAAAAAUCAAAAGAAGAUUCUACAAGAAUUUUGCCUUCAUCUUGAGAAGCAGAAAGAAGAUAGUAAUCAAGAGUUUAAGGAUUCAAUAUAUUUGCAAAAACUUAUUGCACCAUUGCAUGACACUCAGUUAAAUCUUGAGGCAAAAAUACUACAACUUGAGUUGACAGGACAAUCUAAAGGAUAUAGCUCGGGAGUUGAAAAUGAAAAUGACAUAAACAAAAAGCUGCAAAAAAUUGGCCCAACACCUAACACAAGCUCAACGUUACCACGGGAAGAAGCAAUUGAUGUAGCUCUGCAACCGAAUAACCAGGCCUACGUUAUGGCCAUCACGUCACAAGAGACACGUUCAGAGGCUCAACGAGUUAUUUCUCUCCGUAGACAAGAUAAAGUUAUUUUAUUGGUUGGACGCACUGGAAAUGGUAAAAGUUCUACAGCAAAUUCCAUCGUUGGAGAACAACUUUUUGGUACAAAAAAAGAUGACUUUAGUAUCAAUAAAAGUAAUAUGAAAAUUGAAGGGUCAAAGGUCACAGUGGUAGAUGGUACGGGUAUUGGUGACACUGGAUCUGAUAUGAAUGGCAAUCUACAAGACACAAUACAAAAAGCUGAGCAUGCCGUCCAACUCUGUGAGUCUGGUUUCAAUGCUAUCAUCUUUGUUAUGACUUACGGUACAAGGUUCACCAAACAGGAGAAAGACGCUGUGGAUCUGAUCAAGUCAUUGUUUGGUAGGGACAUCUUCAGACGUUUUGGUAUCAUCGUCAUGACACGUGGUGACCAGUUUGAGAUGGACACAGAGGAUGACCACCAGUCAUUUGACCAGUGGUGCGAGGAACAAACCGGAUCUAUCAAAGAUUUAUUCGUAGAAUGUGACUACAGAAAGGUGAUCUUCAACAACAGAUCAAAUAACAAGGAUACAAUAAAAAGACAACGACGAGAUCUACUUGACCUUGUUGAUGAAACUAUUAAAUAUUCAAAAGACGAUUUCAAACUGGCCAGCAAUGACCGAAAAAAACUUUUAAUAGCUCAUGACUUUAAAGAAACUGACAAAAAAAACCAAACGUUUAUUCACCAUAUUGACCAAAUGUUAGCUCAAACUGAAUCACAAAAAGACGUCAAGAGAAGCUAUGCGAUGUUAUCAGACUUACUUACAGAAUUAGAGGAACGAAUAAAAAGUAUAGAAGCAUAUUUUAGAGGAACUGAAUAUAUCCUGUUACUGUUGACCCCUUUACAGACCAGAGUCGGUAAUGUUAAUUCAAAGAUGCGAAAAUUAAAUGGAAUCCGACCCGAGCCAUCCGUUCAACAAAUACAUUCUGUUGUCAAGGAUACGGUUUUGUUGUUUGUUGGGCGUACAGGAAAUGGUAAAAGUUCAACCGUCAAUUCUCUCAUCGGGGAAAGAUUCUUUGCCACAAGAAAUGAUGACAGAAGUGUAAAGAAGAAGACCUUUGAAUUUGAAGGGUCAAAGAUCACUGUGGUAGAUGGCACAGGAAUUGGCGACACUGGAUCUGAUAUGAAUGGAGAUUUACAAGACACAAUACGAAAAGCUGAGACUGCCGUCCAACUCUGUGAGUCUGGUUUCAAUGCUCUCAUCUUUGUUAUGACUUACGGUACAAGGUUCACCAAACAAGAGAAAGACGCUGUGGAUCUGAUCAAGUCAUUGUUUGGUAGGGACAUCUUCAGACGUUUUGGUAUCAUCGUCAUGACACGUGGGGACCAGUUUGAGAUGGACACAGAGGAUGACCCCAAGACAUUUGACCAGUGGUGCAAGGAACAAACCGGAGACAUUAGAAGUCUUUUCAAAGAAUGUCAGCAUAAAAAAGUGCUCUUUAACAACAGAUCACCUAACAGGGACACACUUUAUAGACAACGACAAGAUCUACUGAAUCUUGUUCCUGAUACUAAGAAAUACUCAACUGAAGACUUCAAACUGGCCAGCGGGGAUCGCCAUAAUUUAUUAUUAAAACAGAGCUCUUCCAACCUUUGGGGGCCCCCCUCAAGUAGGGAACGCCAUCUGCCAAGCCAUUUACCAAUCCAUCCGCCAAGCCAUACAACAAGCCAUCCGCCAAGCUAUCUGCCAGUCAUCACGCAGCAACCAAGACCACUGCCACAACCGAAGCCUCCCAAAACACAUGCCAAAAAUGCUUCUGAUCGUAAUCGAUCAUAUUGUUGCAAAUGUUAAAGAGUUCAUUCUUUGCCAGUGCUUGAAGACCUAAUCUUGCCAGUGUUUGAAGACCUUAUCUUGCCAGUGUUUGAAGACCUUAUUUUGCCAGUGUUUAAAGACCUUAUUUUGCCAGUGUUUGAAGACCUUAUCUUGCCAGUGUUUGAAGACCUUAUUUUGCCAGUGUUUAAAGACCUUAUUUUGCCAGUGUUUGAAGACCUUAUUUUGCCAGUGUUCGAAGACGUUUGGUUGCCAGUGUUUUAGGAUUUUUUGUUGCCAGUGUUUGGAGACCUUUUGUUGCAACUGUUGGAAGACAUUUGUUGCAAAUGUAUUUUUAUUAUUAUUACAUAUUAUUACAGUUGUCUUAAAAAGCGUGGUAUUUCAGCAUAUAAACCAAUUCUACUUGAGAAUUUCAUUAUACUAGUUCAAUUUUAUAAUUCCUUCAGAAAAGUAAACAUGGAAUUUAAAAAAAAAUAAAAAAUUCAAAGCACCUUUAGGACACUAUUGGAGUUUUUAAAUGUUAAAAAUUUGAAGUGGGUCUCAAAGGGUUAACAUUGUGUUCUUAUUUUUUUUUUCUACCUACUAUAUUUUCAGCAUCUACCAAUUGCCUUAAUGCGCAAAAGGUGUCGACUACUUAUUGAUUGAAUUGUUGAACGUCAAAUUAAUUUUUAUUUAUGAUAUAAUGGCUGCUAUAAGAAUGCCAUUAUGUAUUUUAAAAUAUUCUUCUAACCAAUAAAAGAAAUACAUUAAAAAAAAUAUGUUUUCUCUUUAAAAAAAUAAAUAUAAUGCAUAUAUAUUUUUAACUAACAGGCAUCAGGUUUUCAAUAUUCUCAAGGAGGUAUUCUGAGUACAUAUUAUUUAUUGCGAAACGUUGGGGAUCACUGAACGAGACAAUUGCCAGCCUGUAUAUAACAUUAUGAAUAUCUUUCUUAUUUAGUUGAUAACAUUUCAAGAGAUGAAUCAAUAAAAAAUGGGCACUUGAAAUGGCUGCAUUGCUUUUCAACCAUACGCUUACCGAUAUUGUAAUACACACAUUUCAUUAUCAAUAAAAUCAAAGAAAAAACUGUAACUACAUGUGUCUUCCAUUCAUUUGUUAAACCGGUUUUCGGCUGUGUUAUCAUUUUUUUUUCUCCAGAAAUCCGAAGGUAGUUUCCUAACAGGUGUAUCUCUGUUACGAUAUACAUGUCAUGAAAUACAUGUCAUCAGUUUCUCAUGCAUUUUCCUACAAUAAUUAGUGGUGAUUUCUUUGUUCAUGCUACCCAAUAAAGUCAUAAUUCUUCCUCUGUUUUCUGCCUGUCUCAAAUUUCGCCUACGUCCUCAGCCCCCAGCCCCCCCCCCUUAUAUCUUUAUCCUUUACCCCCCCCCCCCCCCCCCCCCCCAUUUUUUAACUCCCCGCCCCCUUUCCCCCCCCCCCCCAAACCACCACCCUAAACCAACUUUCUUGCCACUUAACGCUUGACUGGCCAGGAAGAGUGUUUAAAAUGUGUGAAGUGUUGGGUUCCAAGCAAAUACGUCACAGGAUGACAAGCCGAUAAAAGAUGUUUACGGAACACCUCUAAGCCAGUGACACGUGACAGUCAAGGCCAUUUGACAUAAGAAAGUCGAACUCGAGGUUUUCCUCGGAAAAUUAGAAAAUUAAUUUUUUUAAAAUUUCUUUGCUCAAAUAAUUUUUACGUCAUUGAAAAAAAAAAUAAAAAAAACAACAAACAAACUAGAGGGUUGUCUCACAACGGGUGUUAUGAAGGUGUUUUCGAUUCAGACUUGUCAUAAGAAGCUAUUUUGACGUAGAAGUUGUCAGUACAGCACAGCACCUCCCUGUGCUAUGGACUUUGGGUUGAGACGGACGAAAGCCCAUCGAAACGUACAUGAUCCAGAACAACUCCAGAUGUGAAAGAGAUGGUACUGAAAUGUAUGUUGAUUACUCGACAUACGAGGUUAUUCAGUUAGAGGGCCUAACUCUACCACUGACUCUAGGCUGUCACUAGAGCUGACUACCACUGUUCAUGGACUUUCACUAGGUCUGACUGUAACUGGCUGAUUGUCAACUGUCCCUAGUUCUGACCACCGCUGAUUUUCAACUGUCCCCCAGGUCUGGCUAUCACUGACUAACAGGUCACUGAUCCUAUGUCUGUCCAUCUGUUACUAACUGCCGACAGUCUCUAAGUCAACUAACUGUGCGUCCACGUCGCCUACGUCAACACAUCUCAACAACAUGUCUUUUUCAAACCAAAAGUUGUAUACCACCUGAUAUUCCAUUCUAUACACCCUAGGUCAGUAAAAUCAUUAGUCAAAAGAGCCAAAAAUCAGCAGCAGAAAGAUUUAAAAAAUUUUUGAGAGACAAAAUUCUUUUCAAGAACCUGUCAAGCACCAUGUUUUUUCAGAGUCAAAACCAAUACUGGCCGACUGGCCGAGCCGCACUCAGGUCGCUAAAGAGCCGCAUGCGGCUCGCGAUCCGCGAUUUUCUGAGCACUACGUGGCUCAGUCAUGUCUCAAUUUAUUAACAGAACGUUGAAUUCUCUUUUCCCCAUGAUUAUGUAUUGUCUUCGUUACCCUAACAAUUUGCAUACAAUCCCUUCUAUCCAAAGAUGUGACAAUCUGUUAACUCUGACCUUAAACCUCACCGCCCCAAAAUUUCAUACAUGAACGGCCGUCUUACCAGGUAUCCAACCUCUACAGUCACGGUCUAUCUAAGCAACAAUGGGUCUUCAUUCUAUAGCUCCCCCCCCCCCCAGCGGCGUUGGAAGGGGGUUUACGGAUCUGUGUGGAAGGGGGGGGGUCACCUUGGGUGUCUUUUUCCCCUUUAUAUAAAAAAGACGGCUUUUUCGACCAUUGCAGGGUUUUUUCGUGGAAAAGGGGGGGGGGGGGGAAUGGUUUACGGAUCUGUGUGGAAGGGGGGGGGUCACCUUGGGUGUCUUUUUCCCCUUUAUAUAAAAAAGACGGCUUUUUCGACCAUUGCAGGGUUUUUUCGUGGAAAAGGGAGGGGGGGGGAAAUCUUGGACCACCCCUGGUGAUACUAACCCUAGCUAUGACAAUGCUCCGUCCCAAGCAGCCAGCUAUGUAAAAAUGACCGUUAUUUGGACCACAUGAUUGUGCAUUUUUAAACUACCGCACCGCCAAGUCCCUACUAUUACUUCCUCGACGGCAAGAGUCCCUCGAUUUGUUUGCCAUAUGAUUGGUAGGCCCUAUAUGUAACUGUGUAUGUGUGUCACCACUCACCGUAGAAACGUUAGCUUUUUUUUUUUGGUUUUUGUAUCCUAUUUUUUAAAAUAGCUUUUAAAAAUAAAUUUCAAAUAGCAUACAUAUUUUGGAACUAGUAAUUGCGUGAUACUUUAUUUUCUUCAUUUUAUUACACACAAAGUAAUCAAUAACAUGUUUAAGCUUAAUGGAUUUUUCUCACCAGCUGCCACCAGGCAGUUGAAUGACUCGUAAUGCGUUAUCAUUCACUGAUAUUGACUGCAUUUAUAGCUUGAAACAAAAAAAAUGGAAGGAACGGGUGGACCGUAUAGCGUUAUAAGUGAGUAGAUGAUUUUUUCGUGUGCGGAUUCACAAUAUCAGCGGGAUGUCAACAUCUCAAUGCAGACAAACUUUAAUGAAUAAAUGGUUUCAAACAAAACACAUUACAGUCAACAAAGACAUUAUCACCACAAACACUUUGUUGGUAAUUCUGAGAACCUCACAUUGAUCCAGGUUCCCGAGAAAUUGUAUGUUAAAAUUUCUUGAAAAACCCCAGUAGGAAAGCGCCAUGAAGUGCAGCGAUAUUUAAUAUCUCCGCACAAGCAGCUGCACGUAUCGUCACGUCUUACUUUGUAACUGUGAAACUAAAUGAAUUUCCUGGGGAAAAGUCUCUUCAUUUCAAUGGGAUCAGGCUUAGGCGACGUUUUACCUUGUCGGAAUGAAACCUUUGGAUACCUCUGGCAACCCAUGACACACAUACACACAGACAUACACGAUAUAUACAUUAUAUGACUACAUGUAACACUAAAAGAAAGGCCCAAAGAGGGCGGCUUAAUCUCCCUUAAAACCAUCUCUGUGUAACCCCCCCUCCCCAAUUCCCGCUGUUUUGACGAACUGCAUGAGUGAUUGUUCAGCCAUCUGGAUGAGAAUUUAAACGUGGGCACCUAGUCUGUAGAUACGACCUUAAGAGGUCUACAAGUGAUAUUGAGGUCUUUUUGUUUUGGUGUUUAAAGGUCUUUUCACAGACAGCCACAAAUGGUUUGGUUGGAGAGCUGUUCGACGUAUUUUAAAUGUUUCAGCGUAUUGCUUCUAAUUUUGUGCUAUCUCUUAUCUAACACUUGAAGCAUUGGCUAUUUUUAAAGACAAUGUGUAUGCAGGGGUUACCAGAAAUUUGAUCGAAAGAAAUUUCGUCGACGGGAAAAUGAUCGACGGAAAUUUGAUAGAACGGAAAUUUGGUCAAAUUUUUUUUUUUCACUUCAGACGUUAAAAUUUGGCUUUAAAUUUCUAUUUGAUCGCAUUAUACUAUAAAGUAAAAGAAAAUAAUGCGUUCAAAAAGAAAUUUAAAGCCAAAUUUUGAUGUGUGAACCAAAGGAUAGCAAUCCUUAGAGGCAACGUCUCACGUCUACGGUUGAUGAUGGAGGACAUUGAAACCAAAAAAAAAACAAAAAAAGUAAAACUGCCUGACUCAGCAUAGAAAGGCAUCACCCUCGCGUCAAAGCCUCCGAUACAAACCAAUUAAUUUAUAUAUACAACUUUCACUCGAUUGUUCCAUGAAUAAUUUCAAGGUUUAAAAAAAAAUAAUAAUUAAGGAUAGGGGAAAGGAUUUGAGACGCCCUGACCUAGGUCAUACCGUACAGUUUCCAGUGGAGUUGGGAUUUGUAGAAUCCGUGAAGUAGUUUGAUAGUGUGUGUAACCUGAUACAACAUGUAAAAAUAACACAACAAAACUGAUGUUUUGAAAUAGCUCCUAGCGACACGCAUUGAGCGUACAUUGCAUUUUCUAAGGAAACCCGAUUUCCAGGUAGAUACAUUUUUGAGAGAAAAACUGAACUAGGAAAAUAUUAUAUUGUAUACGCGGGGAGCUCUUCUUUGUGUGUUCUUUGGGUAACAGCAAGCGUCAGUAUCUUGAGUUUUCUAAAAUUGUAUACCUAACAGUUGAAUACCUAAAAGUUGUAUACCAAACAGUUGUAUACCUAACUGUUGUAUACCUAACAGUUGUUUACCUAACAGUUGUAUAUCUAACAUUUGUAUACCUAACAGUUGUAUAUCUAACAUUUGUAUACCUAACAUUUGUAUAUCUAACAUUUGUAUACCUAACAGUUGUAUACCGGUACCUAACAUUUGUAUACCUAACAGUUGUAUCCCGAACAGUUGUAUCCGAACAGUUGUUUACCGGUAUCUAACAGUUGAAUAACUAACCGUUGUAUACCUUACAGUUGUAUACCUUACAUUUGUAUACCUCACAGUUGUAUGUCUAACAGUUGUAUACCUCACAGUUGUAUGCCUAACAGUUGUAUACCUCACAGUUGUAUACCUCACAGUUGUAUGCCUAAUAUUUGAAUACCAAACAGUUGAAUCCCUUAUACCAAACAGUUGAAUACUUAAGAAAUGUAUACCUAAAACUUUUAUACUUAGCACUUACAUAUCUAGCACUUGUGUAACUUACACGUGUAUAUCUUACAUUUGUAUACCUUUACAGGCGUAGAGCAACGUUGGCGCUGCUUUCAAUUUUUUCAUAAGUGUAAAGUUAACGACAUGGUGGACCACUGGAGGAGUAAGGAGUACUCAGGGGGGCAUCUCGCCCCGGGCGGCUAUUUUUUCUUCAAUUUAAAAAGGGGGGGGGGAUUUUCGGACAUAUGCAGACUCUUUUUCUUGUAAGGGGCUGCCAAAAUUCUUGUCCCGCCCUGGGUGCCACAAAGCCUAGCUACACCACUGCAUACAACUUCAACAGUGUCACGGAUAGUUCCUAAAUAAUCUAUAUACAGAAUAAAUAAUUAUGAGAAAGGGAUUAUGUUCAAAAGAUUAUGUACGUAGACAUAGACAUACCCUGCCAAUGCAUUUACUAAAAUAGCUUGACAAAACAUACAUUCACAUUAACUCAAAUGAUCUGUGCAACCGGGUGUGCUGAUGGACAGUAACUGCCAGGAAAUUUGAAAGGGAACUAUUUCUCGCAACAUUAUCGUUUUUAGACUUUGUAAUUAGCGAGAUUCCAUUUACACAUUUGAGAUAGCCGAAUAAAUAUUUGGUUGAGCUAGAACAGCGGUUCUAAAUCUGUGGGACCCGACCCCAUUUGGGAGUCGAAUGACCCUUACAAAGGGGUCGUCUAAGACCAUGGGAAAACACAUAUUUUUUUCCUUUUCCAGGAGUCGUCUAAGACCAUCUGGAAACACAUAUCCUUACAGCUAUGAAGUAGCAACGAAAAUAAUUGUGUGGCUUGGGGGUCGCCACGACACGAGGAACUGUAUUAAAGGGUUGCCGCACUAUGAUGGCUGAGAACCACUAUAUUAUAUCAUUACAGGGUCGGCGCAUAAAUUUUAAAAUGAGGAAAUUUGAAGUUUCCUUAAUUAAUCACAGUCAGAAAAUAUUGUCGCAUGAAAUAAAGGGAAAAGUUUAUACGGAUUUUUUUGAUGUCUAAAAUGGAUGUACUAAAAUGCAAUCUCGUUUUAUGACGUGGUCCUAAAAUCACAAAUCAUUUGUUGGUCAAAAAAAAAUCUUAAGUGAUCGUGUGAGCAAAAUAUCUCUUGUCAUCGAUUGCUCAAAACAUCUUGAUUCUCAUUAAAUCCUUUUCAAUCCUAUACUUUUAAAAAUGUGAGGCCAUUGUGUCAAAUGUUUCAAUCACUAUUUUACAUACAAAGAAAAUAAAUAAAUAAAUAACAAAUAUAGUUGAAACUAUAAACAUUUGUUGUGAGGAUCAAAUCAUAUUAUGAAAAAGUGAGAAAUUAUUAAAAUAUACAUAAGCAUCACAAUCUACACCACAAAGUUCUAAAAACAAAUUAUAUGGAUAAUUUUCCUCACUUUGUUUUCCAUAGAAUACAAAGGAUGGCAGCUGACAUUGUUUUAUCUCUUAGUUGGGAGAGUCAUUGUUGGGUAAGGACAUCUUCAGACGUUUUGGUAUCAUCGUCAUGACACGUGGUGACCAGUUUGAGAUGGACACAGAGGAUGACCCAAAGACAUUUGACCAGGGGUGCAAGGAACAAACAGGAGCUAUCAAAGAUUUAUUCCAAGAAUGUGACAACAGAAUUGUGAGCUUCAAUAACAGAUCGUCCAACACUGAGACACUUAUUGGGCAACGAUAAAAGUUAUUUAACAUUGUUCCUCAUGCUAUUAAUUACUCAUUACAAGACUUUAACCAGGCCAGCAAGGAUCGCCAGAAACUAUUAAUAGGUCAUUCCUUUUUAGAAGCAGAACAACAAAACAAAUAUUUCCUUCAAGACAUUGACCAACAAUUAAUUCGUGUUACGUCGACUAAAGAAACAAAGCAACGUCACAAGAUGCUAACAAAUAUUCUGUCAGAUUUACACAAACAAAUGGAAUCAAUUCAAAAAACAUUUGAAGGGUCAGAGUAUUACAAUUCACUUUGGACACCUUUACAGACAAGACUUCUAAACGUCAGAUCUCAGCUAAAAAUACUAGAAGGUGGUCGGAGUGAAUAUACACGAGUCGAAGAGGUUAGCAAAAGUCAUAGAGAGCAGGAGACCAACAGCCAACCAUAUCGAAGUCUGCCUGAACCUUCACGGCAACUCUCCAAUAACAUUCUACCGUCAGAUAAUAAAUCUGCUCCCAUUGACGGUGCAUAUCAAUCUCUAUCACCACAAACCUUGCCAGAAGAAACUCGCUAUGUCAAGGAUAGAGUCUUAUUGUUGGUUGGAAGAACCGGUUGUGGUAAAAGUUCAACUGCCAAUUCUAUCAUAGGGGAACCAUUAUUUGCUAAAAAAGGAGAAGAUUCAAGUCUACUGCAGAAAUAUGCCGUUGAUAUUGACGGCUCAAAGGUCACAGUGGUGGAUGGAACAGGCAUUGGAGACACUGGAUCUGAUAUGACUGGAGGUCUACAAGAAACAAUACAAAAAGCUGAGACUGCCGUCCAACUCUGUGUGUCUGGUUUCAAUGCUCUCAUCUAUGUUAUGGCUUACGGUACAAGGUUCAUCCAAAAGGAGAAAGAAUCUGUAGAUCUGAUCAAGUCAUUGUUUGGUAGGGACAUCUUAUUUAUUUAUUUAUUUAUUUAGGCAUUUUUAUACAGCGCUUAUCAUAAAGCUCUAAGCGCUUUACAAUUAUUAAAACAUGUAAACUAAGUAAAUAC